AUGCCGCGGCGCAUCAUCAACCGCAGGGUCUCGUCAACCACCGUUGUGGCGUCAGGCGCGGCGGCCCGCGUCGAGUCUACCAGCGGCGUCCGCGACCGUGCGGAGCGGCGCGCUGCGGCGUCGAAGGGCCAACUUUUCGGCGCAACCUCGAACGCGUCGGGGAACAUCGCCGCGCUGUACGGAAGUCCCUCGCACAGCUGCUCAAUUAAUACGGACGGCCCUCCGUCGGAUGCGCUUUUACGCACCGCCAUCAGACUGCAGCAAAUCCAGCUAAUACAACCUCGCGCCCGCCUCAAGCACUAG